CCGAGGGCGCCUGACCCCUUUCCCUCCCGAGGACGCCCCGGGCCUGAGGCUCCGGGGACCCGGCGCCCGCCGCCCGCGGGGUCGGGUUCGCGCAGGCCGGCCGGGGCCCCCGCUGGGGUCGGGGAGGCGCCGGGCCCCGCGCCGCCCGCCGCCCAUGAGCAGGAUGCGGCUGCUGCCGCUCGCGCUGCUCUUCUCCUGCUCCUUUGCCCGCGCCGCCUGCGACCCCAAGAUCGUCAACAUCGGCGCGGUGCUGAGCACGCGGAAGCACGAGCAGGUGUUCCGCGAGGCCGUGAACCAGGCCAACAAGCGGCACGGCGCCUGGAAGAUCCAGCUCAACGCCACGUCCGUCACCCACAAGCCCAACGCCAUCCAGAUGGCCCUGUCCGUGUGCGAGGACCUCAUCUCCAGCCAGGUCUACGCCAUCCUCGUCAGCCACCCUCCGACCCCCAACGAGCACUUCACGCCCACGCCCGUGUCCUACACCGCCGGCUUCUACCGCAUCCCCGUGCUGGGGCUCACCACCCGCAUGUCCAUCUACUCGGACAAGAGCAUCCACCUGAGCUUCCUGCGCACAGUGCCGCCCUACUCCCACCAGUCCAGCGUGUGGUUCGAGAUGAUGCGCGUCUACAGCUGGAACCACAUCAUCCUGCUGGUCAGCGAUGACCACGAGGGCCGGGCCGCGCAGAAGCGGCUGGAGACGCUGCUGGAGGAGCGCGAGUCCAAGAGUAAAAAAAGGAACUAUGACAACCUCGACCAACUGUCCUAUGACAACAAGCGCGGACCCAAGGCAGAGAAGGUGCUGCAGUUCGACCCGGGGACCAAGAACGUGACGGCCCUGCUGAUGGAGGCGCGGGAGCUGGAGGCCCGGGUCAUCAUCCUCUCGGCCAGCGAGGACGACGCCGCCACCGUGUACCGCGCCGCCGCGAUGCUCAACAUGACGGGGUCGGGGUACGUGUGGCUGGUGGGGGAGCGCGAGAUCUCCGGGAACGCCCUGCGCUACGCCCCGGACGGCAUCAUCGGGCUGCAGCUCAUCAACGGCAAGAACGAGUCGGCCCACAUCAGCGACGCGGUGGGCGUGGUGGCCCAGGCUGUGCACGAGCUCCUGGAGAAGGAGAACAUCACCGACCCGCCGCGGGGCUGCGUGGGCAACACCAACAUCUGGAAAACCGGGCCGCUCUUCAAGAGGGUGCUGAUGUCUUCCAAGUACGCGGAAGGGGUGACUGGCCGCGUGGAGUUCAAUGAGGACGGCGACCGGAAGUUCGCCAACUAUAGCAUCAUGAACCUGCAGAACCGCAAGCUGGUGCAAGUGGGCAUCUACAACGGCACCCACGUCAUCCCCAACGACCGGAAGAUCAUCUGGCCAGGCGGGGAGACGGAGAAACCGCGAGGCUACCAGAUGUCCACCAGGCUGAAGAUCGUGACCAUCCACCAGGAGCCCUUCGUGUACGUCAAGCCCACGAUGAGCGACGGCACGUGCAAGGAGGAGUCCACAGUCAACGGGGAUCCUAUCAAGAAAGUGAUCUGCACGGGGCCCAACGACACCUCGCCGGGCAGCCCGCGUCACACCGUGCCUCAGUGCUGCUACGGCUUCUGCAUCGACCUGCUCAUCAAGCUUGCGCGGACCAUGAACUUCACCUACGAGGUGCACCUGGUGGCCGACGGCAAGUUCGGCACGCAGGAGCGGGUGAACAACAGCAACAAGAAGGAGUGGAACGGGAUGAUGGGCGAGCUGCUCAGCGGCCAGGCGGACAUGAUCGUGGCCCCACUGACCAUCAACAACGAGCGUGCCCAGUACAUCGAGUUCUCCAAGCCCUUCAAGUACCAAGGCCUGACCAUCCUGGUCAAGAAGGAGAUCCCGCGGAGCACGCUGGACUCGUUCAUGCAGCCGUUCCAGAGCACGCUGUGGCUGCUGGUGGGGCUGUCGGUGCACGUGGUGGCCGUGAUGCUGUACCUGCUGGACCGCUUCAGUCCCUUCGGCCGGUUCAAGGUGAACAGCGAGGAGGAGGAGGAGGACGCGCUGACCCUGUCUUCCGCCAUGUGGUUCUCCUGGGGCGUGCUGCUCAACUCGGGCAUCGGGGAAGGCGCCCCCCGCAGCUUCUCGGCGCGAAUCCUGGGCAUGGUGUGGGCCGGCUUCGCCAUGAUCAUCGUGGCCUCCUACACCGCCAACCUGGCGGCCUUCCUGGUCCUGGACCGGCCUGAGGAGCGCAUCACCGGCAUCAACGACCCGCGGUUGAGGAACCCCUCCGACAAGUUCAUCUACGCGACGGUGAAGCAGAGCUCAGUGGACAUCUACUUCCGGCGGCAGGUGGAGCUGAGCACCAUGUACCGCCACAUGGAGAAGCACAACUACGAGAGCGCGGCCGAGGCCAUCCAGGCCGUGCGGGACAACAAGCUGCACGCCUUCAUCUGGGACUCGGCGGUGCUAGAGUUCGAGGCCUCGCAAAAGUGCGACCUGGUGACCACGGGCGAGCUGUUCUUCCGCUCCGGCUUCGGCAUCGGCAUGCGCAAGGACAGCCCCUGGAAGCAGAACGUGUCCCUGUCCAUCCUCAAGUCCCAUGAGAACGGCUUCAUGGAAGACCUGGACAAGACUUGGGUGCGGUACCAGGAGUGUGACUCGCGCAGCAACGCCCCUGCUACCCUCACCUUCGAGAACAUGGCAGGCGUCUUCAUGCUCGUGGCCGGCGGCAUCGUGGCCGGGAUCUUCCUCAUCUUCAUCGAGAUCGCCUACAAGCGGCACAAGGACGCGCGCCGGAAGCAGAUGCAGCUGGCCUUCGCCGCGGUGAACGUGUGGAGGAAGAACCUGCAGGAUAGAAAGAGUGGUAGAGCAGAGCCCGACCCUAAAAAGAAAGCCACUUUUAGGGCUAUCACCUCCACCCUGGCUUCCAGCUUCAAGAGACGUAGGUCCUCCAAAGACACGAGCACCGGGGGUGGACGCGGCGCUUUGCAAAACCAAAAAGACACAGUGCUGCCGCGACGCGCUAUUGAGAGGGAGGAGGGCCAGCUGCAGAUGUGUGCCCGUCAUAGGGAGAGCUGAGACGCCCCUCCCCCGCAGACAGACAGACAGACGGACGGGACCGCGGCCUGGCCCACGCAGAGUCCCGGAGCACGACGGGGUCAGGGGGAGGAGCGCCUCAGCCUCCCCCAGGCCGCGCCCGCCUGCCCGCCGGCCGGCCGGCUGGCCCACCCGCCCAGGCCCCGCGCGUGCCCCCGAGCGCCGGCUAACGGGCCGCCUUGUCUGUGUAUUUCUAUUUUGCAGCAGUACCAUCCCACUGAUAUCACGGGCCCGCUCAACCUCUCAGAUCCCUCGGUCAGCACCGUGGUGUGAGCCCCCGGAGGCGCCCACCUGCCCCGUUAGCCCGGCCGAGGACACUGAUGGGUCCUGCUGCUCGGGAAGGCCUGAGGGAAGCCCGCCCGCCCGAGACUGCCCACCCCGGCCUCCUGCCCGUCCGUCCGCCCUGCUGCCCGGCGGGCAGCCCUGCUGGACCCAGACGCGCCAGAGCCGAGCUGGCUGGGCAGGGCCGUGGGGUGCUCCGGCAGAGGCAGGGCUGGGUCUCUGAGCAGGGAGAGGGGCGAACCUGGCCCCAGGCAGAGAGGCUGGGAGCAGAGACUGAGCCCCCUUCUUCCUGGGCCACACCCAGAGCCCCAGUGUGGGGCCUGUGGCCCCUGGCGGCUCCUAGCAGCCUGGCUCCCCCCUCUCCUCUUCUGACCUCCCCUUCUCCCCAUGACCCCUUUUGCCGACCGGCCCUGCCCUUCCUUGACUGCAGACCCUGACUCCCCAGCGGCAGCCUUCCCAGGGGCUCCCUGGGGCUCCCGCUCGCUCGCUCCGACCUGCUCCUCCAGACUGACUGCGCCUCCCUCCGCCGCUCCGGCCAGCAGCCCCGGACGGCUCCCCACCGCUGGCUGCGGCUACCCUCCACCCUGCCCGCCACCUGUACAGGCCCAGCCGCCGUGUCCGGUGCGCGCGCGCGGUCCCCGCAGCCUGAGCGCGAUGCGCGCUGACCCUCCCCGAGCCCGGAGCGCCGCGCGCCGCUCCGGCCAGUGUGUGCCAUGGUGAUGCCUAAAAGAAUGUACAACAGCU